GCCCGGCGCUAUUUAAGGUGCGGGGAGGCCAUUGCCCGCCCUUUGCGGCGGGGCACCGGGAGGCGCACGCAGGGAUCUGCAUGCUGUGCCCAGCGAACCAGGCCGGAGCUGCGGUAGUGGCCUGCAAAGGAUGCUGAGCUGCGACUUGGCAAACUGAAACAUGACUGAUACAGAUGAAGCCCAGGCUUCUGGCUCUGAUUACCCUGAUGCCCAGGAGCUGAUCAGCCAUCAGCAGAAGGAGCCAUCGGAGGUGUACUCAUGGCAAAGGAAUACAGGAACAGAGCGUUCCCGUUCAAGGCAGAGGGCGGCUGCUCCUGGGGAGUCUUCAGCUCAUCCUAACAGCAUGUGCAAAUCAGCAGCAGCUUCUGAGGUUUUAGUGAUUAGCAGUGAUUCAGAAAUUGAUGUCUCUGCUGCUCGUCCUGAGUGCUCCAUUGCACCUUCAAAGCGGAAAAGGAGAUCUCAGUCUUCAAGGCAACAAGCUGCAUCUGUUACAGGAGUACCUGAUGAUGAAAGCUCCUCAGAUUCUUCUCUGUGUCCCCAAAGUCCAGGGAAAUCAUUGGAAGUUUCCAAGCAGCAGAAGUCAAAACUUAAUUUAAAGGCCAUUUUUGCCUAUCACUUCAGGGGAAGGAAGUUCAAAGCAGCUGCACACCGAAAAUACAAAAUUCAUGCAGGGAAGAAAAAGAGGAAAAAAAAAUAUGAGAGCACAAAGAUGCCCACAGGGAGGCCCCCACUGACAGCCUCACCUCAGGAACAAAAGAGGAGGCUUCUAGACAGAGGUUUUCAAUUCCCUUUUGUUGAAAAACAUUAUGGGGAGAAACAUAUUCCCUUAAAGAUGGUUGUUGGCUAUGAGCAAGCAGCUGCAAAGGGAUAUUUCAAUUAUAUUAAAGUGCUUAAAUAUGAAGAACAUCUUAAAAAAGCUUUGAAAGCCCUUCAGGCCAGUGACGACUUGGAGAAAGAGUGUGUGAUGUUACGGAAACACAAAUAUUUGGAUGAUGAAGGCCCCAUUUCCCCUAUUCAGGAGACAGAUGAUGAUGAGGACAGCUUUAAUUCUGAUGCUCAGGAACACCUUGAUGCCAGAGUAGUGGAGAACAGCUCUUUCAUUCUAAGCAGCACAAUUCCUAGUAAAAAAAAGUCAAAGCCAGGAAGAAACUGUGCAAAACCACCUGAAGUGAUUGAAAUAGUGGAUGAGGAGGAUGGUGCUGAAGAGAACUCGGUGCCUCUGCAAGGCUCACCUCGGUGAACGGCAGAUGGACAAAUGAGGUGGCAGUGGCGUUUUUCAGAUCCCUCUUUCACGGGCCUGUUUGUGUGAAAACAUUGUUCUGGAGUCGGUGGUGAGCUCUCCACAAGCUGCCUGGGCACAUUCAGCUUACUAUGAGCACACUCACACUGCAGCAACAGUACCUUCUUGGGGAUCUCUUGAAUUCUUACGGCUGUUUGCUGACCUUCUGAUUCACAAAUCCAUUCCUUCAGUGGACAUCUGUGCAGCACAGUAGCAAAAGUGGGCAUUCAUUCCUGUGAUGUGUGGAACUGAUUGGAAAGCCUCUACUCAAGUUGAAGUUCACCUGAAGUCCAGACUGAACUAGCAUCUUGGUACUUCAAAAAAGUGAAAGAAGAAAUGCAGGAUGCCAUUUCACAGAAGUCUGAAGCUGCUUCAAGGGGAAGAAUUUAUUGUAACUUCAGUUUGCUCAAAGAAUGUUCAUGGGAAUUCUUCAGUCAAAACCAAGGUGAACAGGUGCUUGAGGAUACAAAAGGACGUGAACUGCCCUGAAUUAAAAAAAAUUAAAGUAACUUGUUUGACAGGGUCUGCUAUCAAGUUGCUGCCUGUCACAGGGAUGAGAAAUACCACGUGGAUGAGCUACCAAAGUGUGUGAAGAUCCUGGUGAUGUUGCUGCAAGCCUGCUGCAAAGAAUGGCACAGCUGUUCCAAAUGAAGAAAGAACCUCCAGAGUGUUUAUUGCAGUUUUUUUGAAUUAAACAUUCAUUUGAACUUGUU